AGACCCAAUCACAUUUUAGCAACUUUAGUAACACUCACUCACUGCAUGCCUAAUAAUAAUCGAAUGAAUUAUACUUCUAUGUUAAACUUGCUAGUUUAUGUUUGUUUAUAUUUAAACAACACAACAAAGAAUGUCAGACGAGGAAGUAAUUCGACGAAGAUUAUUAAUUGACGGCGAUGGGACAGGAGAUGACCGCAGAAUUAAUGUUCUAUUAAAGUCUUUCAUAAAAUGGGUAAACAGUUCAGAUGCUGAUAAUAUUUUACAUGAGCGGAUGCUGUCUCAACUGGCACAAUGUGAAUUUGCACAAAAGAAAUCACGUUUUGUUUCAAACAUGAGUCAGGAGGAGUUAAGAAAUUACGAAAGUUUGUCUAAUCAGAUUCAAGUUGAAAUUGAAGAAGCAAAAAAGGAUAUUGAAAAAACAAAAAUUGGGUUGGAAGAGGCUAAACGUGUACGCAAAAAUAGAAUUGAAUAUGACGUUUUGGCGAAAGUUAUUAAUGAACAACCUGAUCGAGUACAAACAAAUUCUAAACUCAAUACACUUCGAGAUGAAUUAGGUUGUUUAAAAGAAAAUUCGGAACAACUUGAGCGUAAAUUAGAAAUGAGAAGGAAACAGUUUCAUGUUUUGAUAUCUUCAAUACAUUCAUUACAAGGAAUGUUAGAUGAAGUUGACGAAGAAAUAAUGGAUGUAAGUCUAGAAAAUUAUGAAGAUACAGACACUGUGACAUUGACAAAAACUGGUAAUAAUUGAGUUUCCACACGUUCAUAAAAAUUCAAAAAAGUAUGUGAACCGCAGCUUAUUGUACUGACAAUUGGAUGAAAAAGUGGUCCAUCUGAAUGCGGCUGAAUUGAAAAAAUGUAGUUUUAAUUUGUAUAUUAUGCACAUUGUAAAUUUACUUUAAAUAUACUUCAACUUUUACAUA